AUGAUGGACGAGGUCGACUUCGAGCUCUGCUUGGACAUCGAUCAAUAUUCCGCCACAGACUCAACCAAGCACGAGAACGUCCAAACAGCGACAUUCGCCAACCCCAAAGUCCGCAAGCACGGGGAACUAGACUCAGCCUCUGGCAUUGACGAGAAUAUCACCCCAGAACAGCCUCACCACCCCCGACCAUGCAAGAAGCUCAAAACUCUGAAUCAUUCCGAGUCAGACCUCGAGGAUGACCAUGAUCGCACCUAUCUCGACAUCGCAAUCAAGCGCACCACCCACCACGACCAAGAGAUACUCUCCGACGCCGAUGACACCGACCCAGAAACCCACAGCUCAACCAGCGCCUCGACCACGGCCAUCAACGAAGAAGAGAUGGAUCUGGACACCGACACGGAUGCUGAAGUCCACGCCAACUCGAGCAGUGACGACAUAGGCAUAAGCCCGGUUUACUCCUACAUCGCUCGUCCCUCCCAUUUCUUCGAGAUCUACGAGGACCUGGAUGACUCGCAUCUGGAGAACCACCCCGGUUUCAUGUCCAGUUUUACUACCUAUUCCUCUCACGAUGAAGAUAAGGAGAACAUCCGCGACAACCACCACGAGCAGACACAGGAAAUGGGAGUCAGUUCGCAGAUGUGGAUUCGUCAAUCUUCUAAUCGUGUCUCGCAUAUGGUUAGUUCUAGGUACCAGGGGGUUGAUGGGGGUGUGGACACGGAUGAGGCGGACACUGAUGUUGAAGAUUUUUUGACGGAGGGUGGAGAGGGCACGAGGGAGGGUGAGAUGGAGGAGGUGAGGGUGUCGUUUCAUUCGUUGGGUGCUGGAGAGGCUCCGUUGCUUCCUCUUGCUUUCCCGCUGCCUUUGAGGAUCCCUUCUCCUGCCUUGGUUCAGGGCGGUAGGGCUGAUGGCCGGCGUCGUUGCUUGGGGCCUAGGCCUGUUGUGCACUUUGAGUGA